AGCUGAGGGGAGCGGCAGCUGUUGCUGCCCGGGCGGGCGGGGGGCGACCUCCCCCUCCCCGCCCCCCGGCAGCGGCGAAGCGGCCCCUGAGAGCAGCCCCGUCCGGAGCGUGAGGCGCGGGCUGCCGGCGCGGCGGCAGCGGAGCAGCGCCCCCGCGGAGGGGGGGAGGAGCGGGAGCAGCCGCCCCCGCUCCAUGAGCGGCCCUCGCCGGCCCCGAAGUGCCCAGAGGAGCCGCGGCCGAGGUCGGCUGCCGCCGCCGCAGCAGCAUGUGGAGCCCGACCGAGGAGGAGAAAUACGGCGUGGUGAUAUGCAGCUUCCGAGGAACGGUACCGCAAGGCUUGGUCCUGGAACUAGGUGAAACUGUCCAGAUCCUAGAGAAAUGUGAAGGCUGGUACAGAGGUGUUUCCAUUAAGAAGCCCAAUGUAAAGGGGAUUUUUCCUGCAAACUAUAUCCACUUGAAAAAAGCAAUCGUCAGUAACAGAGGGCAAUAUGAAACAGUCGUGCCGCUUGAAGAUUCUGUUGUGACUGAAGUCACAGCGACACUGCAGGAAUGGGCCGUGCUAUGGAAACAGCUGUAUGUGAAACAUAAGGUAGAUCUUUUCUACAAACUGCGGCAUGUGAUGAAUGAGCUCAUUGACCUACGUAGACAGCUGCUGUCAGGUCACUUGACACAGGAUCAGGUGCGAGAGGUCAAGAGACACCUCACAGUGAGGCUGGACUGGGGCAAUGAACAUUUGGGCCUAGAUUUAGUUCCUCGGAAGGACUUCGAGGUUGUGGAUUCCGAUCAGAUCAGUGUUUCAGAUCUUUAUAAAAUGCAUUUGUCAAGUAGACACAGUGUCCAGCAGAGCACAUCACAGGUGGAUACGAUUCGUCAGCGUCACGGGGAAGCUUGUCGUAUGCCAGUGCCUCAUCACUUCUUCCUCAGUCUAAAGAGCUUCACCUACAAUACAAUUGGAGAAGACACAGAUGUCUUUUUUUCUCUGUACGAUGUUCGAGAGGGCAAGCAGAUCAGUGAGAGGUUUAUGGUGAGGUUAAACAAGAACGGAGGCCCCAGAAACCCGGAGAAGAUAGAUCGAAUGUGUGCACUUUUCACAGAUCUCAGCAGUAAGGACAUGAAGAGAGAUUUGUACAUAGUCGCCCAUGUAAUCCGAAUAGGUCGCAUGUUGCUGAAUGACUCAAAAAAAGGGCCCCCUCAUUUACACUAUCGCCGCCCCUAUGGCUGUGCAGUGCUGAGCAUCAUGGAUGUACUUCAGUCAAUCUCUGAAAUAAAAGAAGAAAAGGAUUUUGUUCUCAAAGUUUACACGUGUAACAACGAAAACGAAUGGUGCCAGAUCCAUGAAAACAUUAUUCGCAAGUCCAGCACCAAAUACACAGCACCCAGCUCAAACUAUGGACUUAUAAUAUCUCUUCAGCUUCUUCGUGGUGACAUGGAGCAGAUUCGAAGGGAAAACCCCAUGAUUUUUAACAGAGGUGUUUCUGUUACCAGGAAGCUGGGAUUUCCUGAUGUUAUCAUGCCAGGUGAUAUACGCAAUGACUUAUACCUGACGUUAGAGAAGGGAGACUUUGAAAGAGGUGGGAAAAGUGUGCAGAAGAACAUUGAAGUGACCAUGUAUGUGCUCUAUGCUGAUGGGGAAAUCUUGAAGGACUGCAUCAGCCUGGGCUCAGGAGAGCCGAGCAGGAGUGCAUACCACUCUUUUGUGCUUUACCACAAUAACAGCCCUCGAUGGGGGGAAAUCAUAAAGUUGCCCAUCCCUAUAGACAGAUUCCGUGGGUCUCACCUCCGGUUUGAGUUCAGGCAUUGCUCCACAAAAGACAAGGGAGAAAAGAAGCUCUUUGGUUUUGCAUUCACUCCGUUGAUGAGAGAUGAUGGCACUACUUUGUCUGAUGAUAUCCAUGAGCUUUAUGUUUAUAAGUGUGAUGAGAACAGCACAUUUAACAAUCACGCACUGUACCUGGGGCUGCCUUGCUGCAAAGAGGACUACAACGGCUGCCCCAACAUCCCCUCGAGCCUCAUUUUCCAGCGCAGCACCAAAGAGACCUUUUCAGUCUCCACACAGCUUUCUUCUACCAAACUGACCCAGAAUGUGGAUUUGCUUGCCCUACUGAAAUGGAAAGCUUACCCAGAUCGUGUGAUGGAUAUUUUAGGAAGACUGAGACAUGUCAGUGGCGAGGAAAUUGUCAAGUUCCUACAAGAUAUUCUCGACACGUUGUUUGUAGUUUUGGAUGACAACACAGAAAAGUAUGGUCUGUUGGUCUUUCAGUCUUUGGUAUUCAUCAUAAACCUGCUGCGUGACAGCAAGUAUUUUCAUUUUCGACCUGUGAUGGACACUUAUAUUCAGAAGCACUUUGCAGGAGCACUUGCUUACAAAGAACUGAUCCGAUGUCUGAAGUGGUACAUGGACCGCUCAGCUGAGCUUGUGCGCCAGGACCACAUCCAGGAAGCAAUGCGAGCUUUGGAAUAUCUUUUCAAGUUCAUUGUCCAAUCUCGGAUCCUUUACUCCAGAGCUACUUGUGGAAUGGAAGAAGAACAGUUCCGCUCCAGCAUCCAGGAGCUUUUCCAGUCCAUCAGAUUUGUGCUCAGCCUGGACAGCAGGAGCUCUGAGACCCUCAUCUUCACACAGGCUGCUCUGCUGAACUCCUUCCCCGCUAUCUUUGAUGAGCUGUUGCAGAUGUUCACUGUGCAGGAAGUAGCCGAGUUCGUGCGGGGCACUCUGGGCAGCAUGCCCAGCACAGUGCACAUUGGGCAGUCCAUGGAUGUGGUUAAGCUACAGUCUAUUGCACGCACUGUUGACAGCCGCCUGUUCUCUUUCCCAGAGUCCCGGCGCAUCCUGCUACCUGUAGUUCUUCACCACAUUCACCUUCACCUACGACAGCAGAAGGAGUUACUUAUCUGCUCUGGGAUCCUCAGUAGUAUCUUCUCCAUAAUCAAGACCAGCUCUUUGGAGGGAGAUGUCGUGGAGGAGGUUGAGAUGAUGGUGGAGAGCCUCCUGGAUGUGCUUUUACAAACUCUGCUUACAAUCAUGAGUAAAUCGCAGUCUCAGGAGGCGGUAAGAGGGCAGCGUUGCCCGCAGUGCACAGCAGAAAUCACUGGAGAGUAUGUCUCCUGCCUUUUAUCUUUGCUUCGUCAGAUGUCAGACACUCAUUUCCAGCACUUACUGGACAACUUCCAAAGCAAGGAUGAACUAAAGGAGUUCCUCCUGAAGAUUUUCUGUGUAUUUCGGAACCUGAUGAAAAUGAGUGUCUUUCCUCGAGACUGGAUGGUGAUGCGGUUGCUCACCAGCAAUAUCAUAGUUACAACAGUUCAGUACCUGUCAUCUGCACUGCAUAAGAAUUUCACCGAAACGGACUUUGAUUUUAAAGUGUGGAACUCUUACUUCAGCCUGGCAGUGCUCUUUAUAAACCAGCCAAGUCUCCAACUAGAAAGUGCCACACCAGCUAAGCGGAAGAAGAUCCUGGAUAAAUACGGCGAUAUGAGAGUGAUGAUGGCAUAUGAGCUCUUCAGCAUGUGGCAGAACCUGGGUGAACAUAAGAUUCACUUUAUUCCGGGAAUGAUUGGCCCCUUUCUUGGUGUUACACUUGUUCCACAACCAGAAGUCCGGAAUAUCAUGAUCCCCAUCUUCCAUGACAUGAUGGACUGGGAGCAGAGAAAGAAUGGCAACUUCAAACAGGUGGAAGCCGAGCUGAUUGAUAAGCUGGACAGCCUGGUGUCCGAAGGAAAAGGUGAUGAGAACUACAGGGAACUCUUCAGCCUGCUAACCCAGCUCUUUGGGCCUUAUCCCAGUUUGCUGGAGAAGAUUGAGCAAGAAACAUGGCGGGAGACUGGAAUCUCUUUUGUUACAUCAGUUACUCGUCUCAUGGAGCGUCUGCUUGACUACAGGGACUGUAUGAAAGGAGAUGAAACAGAAAACAAGAAAAUUGGCUGCACCGUUAACCUUAUGAAUUUCUACAAAUCCGAAAUUAACAAGGAAGAGAUGUACAUCCGCUACAUCCACAAGCUGUGUGACAUGCACUUACAGGCUGAGAACUACACAGAGGCUGCAUUUACUUUGCUUUUGUACUGUGAGUUGCUUCAGUGGGAGGACAGACCUCUGAGAGAGUUCCUGCAUUACCCAUCUCAGUCAGAGUGGCAACGUAAGGAAGGUCUGUGCCGUAAGAUUAUCCAUUACUUCAACAAAGGGAAGAGCUGGGAGUUUGGAAUCCCGCUGUGCAGAGAACUGGCCAUCCAGUACGAAAGCCUCUAUGAUUAUCAGAGCCUCAGCUGGAUUCGAAAAAUGGAAGCCACCUAUUACGAUAAUAUCAUGGAGCAGCAGCGCUUAGAACCCGAGUUUUUCAGAGUUGGCUUUUAUGGUCGGAAAUUCCCAUUUUUCCUGCGGAACAAGGAGUAUGUUUGUCGGGGCCACGACUAUGAGAGGCUGGAAGCCUUCCAGCAGAGGAUGCUAAGCGAGUUCCCACAAGCCAUUGCAAUGCAGCACCCAAACCACCCGGAUGAUUCGAUACUGCAGUGUGAUGCCCAGUAUCUACAGAUCUAUGCAGUGACUCCCAUCCCAGACAAUAUAGAUGUGUUGCAAAUGGACCGUGUCCCUGAUCGCAUAAAGAGCUUUUACCGAGUCAACAACAUCCGGAAAUUCCGUUAUGACAGGCCCUUCCACAAAGGCCCAAAGGACAAGGAGAAUGAAUUUAAGAGCUUGUGGAUUGAACGAACCACUCUGACCUUAACUCACAGCUUGCCUGGGAUUUCUCGUUGGUUUGAAGUGGAAAGAAGAGAGCUGGUUGAAGUAAGUCCUUUGGAAAAUGCCAUUCAAGUGGUUGAGAACAAAAACCAGGAGCUGAGAACACUGAUAAGCCAGUACCAGCAUAAACAAAUGCAUGGUAACAUUAAUCUUCUCAGUAUGUGUCUGAAUGGAGUGAUUGAUGCAGCAGUUAAUGGGGGAAUUGCACGGUACCAGGAGGCUUUUUUCGAUAAAGAUUAUAUCACAAAGCACCCUGGAGAUGCAGAGAAGAUCACACAGCUCAAGGAACUCAUGCAGGAGCAGGUACAUGUCUUAGGAGUGGGUCUGGCAGUCCAUGAGAAAUUUGUACACCCAGAAAUGCGUCCCCUGCAUAAGAAACUCAUAGACCAGUUCCAGAUGAUGCGAUCCAGUCUGUACCACGAGUUACCAGGUUUGGAUAAGCUGAGUCCGGCCUGUUCUGGCACUAGUACACCACGCAGCAAUGUUCUGGUUUCACACGGCCCUAUGAGCCCAGAGAGCAUAAAGCUGGUGCAUCGACACAGCCCACUGAACUUGCUUGGUUCAGUCCGACACUCGUCAUCCUCUCUGUCAUCCCACACCUCCAGUGAGACAGGAAACCUGGUUAUCCUAACAGACAGCUCUGUGGGGGAGACUGCUGAAGACAUGUACCACAUGCAGGCUAGCCCUUCCACCUCAAGCCUGAGCUCCACUCACUCGGCACCGUCCCAGAUGAUCAACUCUGCCCCUUCCAGUGCUCGAGUGCUGGUGAAAGGUGCUGGAUUGACACCACUGGAGGCUGAAGCCCUCUAUUUACCCACAGAGCAGAUACAGCAUGGGCGGCAGCCGUGCAAGUUUCCCCACGCUGCCCCCACCAAUGUGCCUCAUCUCUGUCCUGGAGGGACCACCUCUAGAGGCUCUCCCUCUCUACCAGAUAAGUACCGCCACUCUCGGGAGAUGAUGAUGUUGCUGCCAGCCCAUCGGGACCGACCCAGCAGCGCCAUGUAUCCCGCAGCUAUUAUGGAAAACGGACAGCCUCCAAACUUCCAGCGCGCCUUGAUCCAACAGAUGAUUGGACCAUGCAAACCGUGCAGUGAUCCCAACCUGUCUGUGGCUGAGAAAGCUGUGCCAGCAGCGCCCAGUAGCUGGAGCCUAGACAGCGGAACCAGAGAGACCCUGCCAUUCCUGUCUGCCCACGUUGGGAGCAUCUUGGCCCUACCAGUGCCUCCCCGAAGCCUGCCCCAUGGACACUACUCACUGCACUUUGAUGCCUUCCAUCACCAGCUCAGUGAUGCUCCUCCGGCACUGCCUGCACGAACGUUGCGCAAGUCCCCACUUCAUCCUAUCCCUGCAUCACCCACCAGUCCGCAGUCUGGUCUAGAUGGAAGUAACUCCACUUUAUCCGGUAGUGCCAGCAGUGGUGUUUCUUCCUUGAGUGAAAGCAAUUUUGGACAUUCUUCUGAACCACCUCCUCGCACAGACACCAUGGAUUCUGUCCCCAGCCAGGCCUGGAACACUGAUGAAGAUCUAGAGACACCCUACCUCCCUGUCAGGUACAGUCUCUCUGAGCCUGAUGUCCUAGAGUCACUCAAGUCCCAGCCAUGCCGAAGCCACUCUGCUCCAACUGGAGUCAUUCCUCAGGACACCAUGGACCCUCCUGCUCUACCCCCCAAACCUUACCACUCCCGGCUGCCAAACAUGGAGAACGAGGAGGGGAUGAUCAUUGAAGAUGAUGACAAACACCGCCCACUGCAUCGUAAAGUGUCCCAACCAGUGAGUGGUGGAAAGGAAGAGCAGGCCAGGGUAGCAUGGGAGCAUGGCAUCAGCGAGCAGUAGGGACAACUCCUGGUAAGCAGCCUGCAUCAUCAUUCCAGGUCUGACUACAAAGCAGAGAGAGGAGGACUCGGAGAACAGCAAACCAAUUUUCUACUGCCGCAAGUUUAUGUCUGGAGCCCCAGAGCAAUCGGGCCAGCAUGGGAGGUUGCUGCUUUCCUUUUUAAUUUGUUUUUACACCUUUCCAUUAUGUUUUUUAACUUUCUGUGCAGUGGACAGUUUACUCCUUCUGCAGUUUCUUAACCACAUCGUAUGGCAGAUGAGCCAUAGAGACUGGUAGAAGCUGAAAAAUAUACUUUCAAGCAGAGGGGGAAAAAAGGGGGAAUGUGGCAAGUUGAUUUUGAAACUGCUUUCCUCCUGGUUCUGAGACGCACACAAGUAGAAGCAGUUGCACUAGGGACCUAUUUCUUUGCUGUACAGAAGUGAAAGCUCAUUGCUGAAAUCAGGGAUUCUAUGAACUGUCAGGCUGGAAGGUGCAUGAGCUGCAGGCUGUGGAAAGAUAGAAAUUCUAAGAAGAAAUUGGCUCUUUUGAGAGCAGGAUUGUACAUAUCUGUGCAGUGAUCUCCCUGCGUUGGUUCAUAGGUGCUGAGGCAAUCUAACCAGUGCUGAUGCACUGAUUUCCAAGAUAUCAUUUCCAACAAACUCUGCCUCCUUUGUUUUUUUAUGUACUGUUUGAUUUCUUAAAUUUGGCUUUCACUGGCUAAACCAACCUGCUUUCUCAUUGGAACCAUGUGCUAUUCAUCUGUGCUACAGAAUGAGAGGGGGUUAGUAGCCAUUGGAGCUGCAACCUAAUUGUAGGCCUUUCCCAUGCCCAGGUUUGGGCAGGCUGUUGACACCAGCAUUUCUAUUCCAGUUAAAAAAAUAAAAAAAAAAAAAUAAAGAAAAACACAACCAAA